CAACCAUGCCACACUCAAAAUUGCUUAAAUCACCUUUCUUUCCCAUUCUGACAUUCAGUUUGGAGUUCAGGGGAUUGUCUUGACCAGGACCACACCCUAAAUGCAUUGACGCAACUGCCUUGUGAUUGGUUGAUAAGAUAAUUGCAUUAAUGAGAAAUUUAACAGGUGUCCCUAAUAAUCCUUUGGUGAGUGUAAUAUGCAUAUUAAUGUGUUCUUGGGGCGACAUGAAAAUAAUGUAAAAAUAUUAUGUAAAAAUAAUACCUAAUAUUUCAUGGGAAUAUUGAAAUAUAAUUUAUUUCCCUAUUUCUUUGUGUCCCCAGAUUCAGUUUUUUCCCCCUAUUUUUAUCUUCAUUUUAAUAGUUAAAUUAAACUUUAUUAAAAGCAUGUCUUGAAAUCAAAAUCCUUAGUCCUUAAUCCUUAAUCCAAGUUUUUAGGGCCCUAUGAAAUACGUUUUAUUUUAAAGGGCAGAAAUUGUGACAUCGUUCACAAGCUAAACCUCUACGACCUUAAAAAAAAAAAAGAGUAAAUUAAUCCCAAAAUGGAAUAAUCUGCUAAAUAAUUAAAGACUGAGGUCAGCCAUUAUGGAAUAACCCAGUUCAGCUUUCCUAUAAUUAGAUAGAGGCCGAGUGGUUGCCUUGGAAAUGGCAGAGUUAUUGACCUUGCACGGUGAAGCCAUAUCAGCUUCAGACCAAGAAUGGGAAAAUAAGAGAUAUGCAUGAGGGAUGUGCAUUUAUCAGAUGGCCUUUUCCCUCUAAUAAUGAGACCAGCUUGGCCUGAGCUCCGGGGGCAAGGGUUUAGACACCAUGGUCUCAUGCGCAUGUGCACCACCGUGUGUUGAAACUGAGUCACAGCUGAUUAACUAAUGUCUAUAGAGGACAUAGUGUCAUGUAGGUGAUUUGAUUAGACAAAUUCACUGUCUGACACUUGCUAAUUCAAGGCAAAUUAUGUUUGGUAUAAACAGGUAUAAAGGCAUUUGAUCCAGAGUCUGGAAUACACGUGGGGAUAUGACACUAUGAGCCGUCCUAUAGCAGCUGACUGAUACUGACCCUGCGUAUGCUGAGCAGAGUCCGCCUCAGUCUCGUGUGAUUGGACGCUGGAUGGAAUCAAGGUGAAUGGAACACAAAGAGCAGGAGCUUAACCUGCCAGAGGGAGAUGAGACAUGGUGGCCAAAUGGAGUGAAGAGAAAAAGAAAGAAUAGUCAAUGCUCUAUGAAGAGCACGUCUGUGAAGAUCAUCUCUGUUCCAGGGUACGUUCCCAGCUACCUGGAGAAAGAUGAGCCAUGUGUGGUGUGCGGAGACAAGGCCACCGGCUACCAUUACCGCUGCAUCACAUGUGAGGGCUGCAAGGGUUUCUUUAGGAGGACAAUACAGAAGAAUCUUCACCCUUCCUAUUCCUGUAAAUAUGACAGCUGUUGCAUCAUUGAUAAAAUCACCCGCAACCAGUGCCAGCUGUGUCGCUUCAAGAAGUGCAUCUCGAUGGGCAUGGCCAUGGACUUGGUGCUGGACGAUUCAAAGCGUGUGGCCAAGAGGCGUCUGAUCGAGGAAAACCGGGAACGGAAGAAGAAAGAGGAGAUGGUGAAAACACUGCACACUCGACCUGAGCCCACCGUCUCGGAGUGGGAGCUCAUUCGUAUGGUGACGGAGGCUCAUCGCCACACCAAUGCCCAAGGCCCUCACUGGAAACAAAAACGCAAGUUCCUACCAGAAGACAUCGGGCAGUCUCCAGCCCCCACAUCAGACAACGACAAAGUCGACCUGGAGGCUUUCAGUGAGUUCACCAAGAUCAUCACCCCUGCCAUCACACGAGUUGUGGACUUUGCCAAAAAACUGCCCAUGUUCUCUGAGCUGCCCUGUGAAGACCAGAUCAUCCUGCUGAAAGGCUGCUGUAUGGAGAUCAUGUCCUUGCGCGCAGCGGUGCGAUACGACCCAGAGAGUGAGACGCUGACCCUGAGCGGGGAGAUGGCUGUCAGUCGAGAGCAGCUGAAGAAUGGAGGGUUAGGAGUGGUGUCGGAUGCCAUCUUUGAUUUGGGCAAGAGCCUGUCACAGUUCAACCUGGAUGACUCGGAGGUGGCACUGCUGCAGGCUGUACUGCUCAUGAGCUCAGAUCGUUCCGGACUCACGUGUGUGGAAAAGAUCGAGAAGUGUCAGGAGAUGUACUUGUUAGCAUUCGAGCACUACAUCAACCAUCGCAAGCACAACAUCUCACACUUCUGGCCCAAGCUUCUGAUGAAGGUGACGAACCUGCGCAUGAUCGGAGCCUGCCAUGCCAGCCGCUUCCUGCACAUGAAAGUGGAGUGUCCCACAGAACUCUUCCCCCCGCUCUUCCUAGAGGUCUUCGAGGAUCAGGAGGUGUGACCGAGAGCCACGGGGAAACUUGGGGAGGGAUACAAGGGGGCAAAACUUGGUCGUGAAUUUGCAUACCAGAAGCAUUUGAUUUUUUGCAUCCUAAUGCAAUGCCGAACCAGGACAUGUACUUUAUUUUGCACCAUCAGCUUUGUCUGGGAUAUGUUUUGGGUUGUCGGCCUCCACACCUUUUGACCCUACAGUAACUUACCAUUCAGAUUCCUCCCACAGACAGACAAUAUGCUAGCAUGCAUCAACCUACCUCUCAUACCAACAUACCUCCCAACCUCAGAAGGAGCUUAUUUUAAAAGCGUGACAAAGAAAGCCACACAUUCAAAAGCUGUUUAAUAACCUGUUUCGGAAAUGCUAGCUGUUGUUAUAAGGACAGAGGAAACUUCUAUGAGCAACAUCGAACAGCUACACAUGGGCUCUACAAGAUUAGCCUUUAAAAUAAUGCAAGAUUUUCCUCUGAUUACAGUAGUAUUUUAGCAUUCAGCUUCCUCUUUGCACGCAUAGAAUAUCUCCUUUGUAAACAUAACUACCUGUGUGCACUUGUUCACUCUGUACAUACAUUAAUAUGUUACGUGAACUUCUCAUACCUCGUAUACACCAGCAUACAGUCAUACAUGUAGCAACAUGUCCAUACAUGUAUGUAUGCUUACAAUUCUACCUGCAUUAACCCAUCUAUCUACUUCCAAUGCAGUAUCUACAGUUCUCAUAUACCUUCCUAUCUACCAUAUCCUCUUGUAUGUUACUUAAGCUGAACAUUUUGUGACCUCAUUUUGUGAAAAGCCUCUUGUUGCUUUCUGACAUGUGACCCAUUUAGCUGUUGUGAGGUAUUUCCUCCUGUAUUCAUCUGUCCUAGUGUUACCCAUUUGUACAGACAUAUUGAUGCACGUGCUUAUUAAGACAUAUGAUGUGGUUCGAGACAUCCACCUCCACAUUAUGGCCUUCAGAUCGCUCGUUGUGCUCCCACUCACCUGUCUCAUUGGAUGGUAGCACCAUGUUAUUACACAGAACUUCAAAGAAUAAUGUGGUAUUACACCCCUCAAACGCAAAAAAAAAAAAAACAUAAUCUAGAUUUGAAAUGUGGGAUUAAUAAUAGAGUACAAUGGGGCUAACAGUCAGUUCGAUUUUAGCCAUCUUGGCUUUGGCGAUAUUUUUGCCAUUCAGGUGCUUUUGAAUUAAACCCUUUUAAAGGGAUAGUUCACUCAAAAAUAAAAAUAAAAAAAACAAAAAGAAGAAAUUUCGAAGAAUGUUGGUAGCCAAACAGUUGACGGUAGCCAUUGACUUCCAUAGUAUGGAAAAAAAUACUACCAUCAACUGUCUAGUUUCCAACAUUGUCCAAAAUAUCUUCUUUUGUGUUCAACAGAAGAAAGAAACUCUAUAGUCAACAUGAAAUGAAAAUUUGUUUUCUAAAUGCAUGUUAUUGUUCUUUUUUUUUAAACUGUUAAUAAGUGCAAAUAUAUGCAUUUUUAUUGUAUCAUUGUUAUGUUUAAUCAAAAUCACAUAAACUUAUAUCACAAUAUGGAAUAUGCUACUUAAGUUUUACCUAAAACCAUUUUUUCAUUAAUUCAGUAAUGUACUAAAUGCUAUUUUGCUGAAAAACUCACAAACAAUCAUUGUUGCAAAAUAUUUAAUUUUCAAGGACUCUCAUUGGUUUCAUCUGCAACAUUUCAUUUUAUUUUUUAAUUAAUACAAUACCUUUUUUAUUUUAAAGUGCAUAGCGACAGACAGGUCCUUAGGGUAGUACUAUAGUUGUGUUUGUGGCUAUCCACUGUUUUGAGAGGGAAAUUAAAAAUAGAACUGACUUUAAGCCCCAUUGUACACUACAUCUAUGCUGACUUUGAAAGUAGGGAACUUACUCUCCACAACCUUCUUGCAAGAUUAAAUGAGUGUCACUUACCUCUCCAUCUCUUCAAACAGACUCGAACGAACCCCUCAUCCAUGCAUCGCAGUUUGUAUUCCUCACCUGCUCAUGCAUAUAUAUUCCUGCUUAAACCUGUACAUAAACGUGCACAUUUACACUAAAAAGUCACAUGUGUGUGAUAGCAGCCUCACUCAUGUGUAUGUAUACUUCUUUCCCUUUCACUUGUGAUGUGGGACCAAGUGUCAGUCUUGUUCUCUGUUUCUGAGGACAGUAAGAAUGAGCCGGGCUGAAUGAAUUUCACUGUGCUCUAACAGAGCUAACUGAUUGCUUAGCAGAUCAUUUUGUUUUAAGCAAGCGCUGAAGAAGCAGCACAAGAAGAUGGCUCCUGCAUAACACAAACCUCAAUUUUUGUCAGCCCAGUUCUGUGGUCCCUGUGCAUCUCACACAAGAACUUUUCAUGCACUCUUCCCCAGCAAAGGACACAAUCAGACCCCCAAAGCAUCCCUUACCAGCUUAUUUUUUGUGGUUCAGACGCAGACUGCAUUUAAAGUGACACAGAGGAACAAAAGGGCAGAAAGGACAAACUCACUGUGACUAGCUAAACUCAGGCACGGAGCUCCCAUGAGGCCAUGCAUCUGACUCAGGCUCAAUCUAACCCACCAGCACUGCAGACAUGCACUGCCCACAAUCACAAUCUUCUGCACCAGCAAGGGUCAGCUCAGCCCACAGACCCUGCUCUUGAUGACGGGGAAUCAGAAAGCCAUUUGUUUUGCUGGACGUUCUAGAUUACAGCACUUUUAUUAGAGCAGACUUCAGUCCUUUACACUUAGCCAGACCAUGAAUAUAUUGGUUGAGACUUUGACUCUUAAAGGGGCCAUAUCAUAAUAUUUUUUAAAUAAAAAGUUCAAUCAGAGGCGUCAUGCCAAUUCAAAGUGAGGUGGCACGUAUCCCCUCAGAUUUCUGAGCCAAGUGGAUUUUAAAUGCAGCUUCCAAACGACAAAAAAAAAAAAAA